UCAUGGUUCAUUGCAUUUCAAUAAUGACCCAUUAAUUAAUUAUUUACUGAAUUAAUGUGAGCUCACUGCAACACAACACCACCAAAACCAGCACCACCCCCCUCUCUAUCUCUUUUCUCCCUUGUUGCCGUUGAACUUCCUUAACCUAAAAAUGUCCAAUUCUAUCUCCGACCCGACCCGAAUAAUUCACUCUCAGGAUCCGAAUACCACCGCGGACCCUCAGGUUCCGCUUCGGAACCUUUCCCAGGUUCGGAACAGAAUGGAUUCUCUACAACACUUCCUAUCUCAAUCCAUCAAUACCAACACUCCCCUCACCGUCGAUCAAAUCGCCAUGGUCUCCAGCCAGAUCCUCUCCUCCAUCCACCAAGUCAUCGUCAACGGCGCCGCCCUCGUCUCUUACUCUCAGAAUUCCAUCGCCGCCGGAGCACCGGAUCCACCGCCGUAUCCGAAGAAGCCGAAGCCGGAACCUUCAGUUGCCGAUAAAGCGAAGCAAACACUCGAUUCCAAACUCGAGCCUCUCGAAGGCGACGACAGCGAAAUCGUGGAGCUCGACGCCGUCGAAAUCCUCGCGGAGCACAUGCACUUUUGCGAGAUCUGCGGGAAAGGCUUCCGGCGCGACGCGAACCUCCGCAUGCACAUGCGCGCGCACGGAGAACAGUUCAAGACGGCGGAGGCGCUGGCGAAGCCUUCGGAGAAAGCCUCGUGGCUGCGUGCGACGCGGUUCUCGUGUCCGUUCGUAGGCUGCAACCGGAACAAGCUCCACCGGCGGUUCCGGCCGCUGAAAUCGGUGAUUUGCGUGAAGAACCACUUCAAGCGAAGCCACUGCCCGAAGAUGUACACGUGCGAGCGGUGUCGCAAGAAGCACUUCUCGGUGCUCUCGGAUUUGAGGAGCCACUUGAAGCAUUGCGGAGGAGAGGCCAGGUGGAAGUGCACGUGCGGGACCACGUUCUCAAGGAAAGACAAGUUGUUUGGCCACAUUGCGCUGUUUGAGGGCCACGCGCCUGCGCUCGCGUGUGACGAAGAGGGUAAAGGGAAACAAAUGGUGGAGGACGACGAAGAUCCAAUGUUGAUGAGUGAAAGUGGAUUUGAAUUGGAUGAUUGUUUUUUGGAUCAAGAGUUUCCCGAAGGCUUCUUUGAUGAUUUUGGGUCCAUUGAUGACUACUGUUAAGGUAAGUGUUUUAGGGUUUCCUAGUAAUAGACUUUGAUUAUGUAUGUGUAUUUAGGGAAUAUUCAUAUUCAAUUGCUAGAUUUGUAUUUAUGUCCCUAUGUUAUUGAAGGAUUAAAAUUAAACAGUGUUUAUAACACAGGAUGGAAAUAAACGAUUAAUUUUAUUUUUG